AUGUCGCAACAAAUCAAAGCUGUUAUUGUUCACAAACCUUUCGGCGAAUUUAAAUUCGGUCAUGUCGAUAAACCAAUUCCGAAACCCAACGAAUUGUUAGUCAGAAACAAAGCGGUUGCAAUCAAUCCUGCUGAUUGGAAAUUGCCAAAAUAUAAUAUCCUGAUUGAAAGCUACCCGAUUGUGCUUGGUUGCGAUGUAGCUGGAGUUGUCGAAUCUGUCGGUUCGGAAGUUACCAAAUUUAAACCAGGAGAUUCGGUGUUCACGUUUACUAUCUUAGGACGGAAUAAUGGAUAUGGGGCUUUUGCUGAAUAUUCUUUGUAUGACGAAAAUAUAUCGUUUCGAAAACCCGAACAUCUUUCAUUUGAAGAAGCCUCUACUUUUCCUGUUGGCUUGCUUACAGCAGCCCACGGAUUGUAUCUUGCGUUGAAGUUGCCUCUUCCUUCCAAAAAGCAUAAAUAUGCGGAGCCUGAAUAUAUAUUGAUCUGGGGAGGUGCUAGUUCAUGUGGCGCCUACGCCAUCCAACUCGCCCGUUUGUCAGGUUUGACGGUAAUUACGACAGCAUCCACACAUAAUACUGAGUACCUAAAAUCGCUUGGAGCGACUUACGUCAUCGACUACAAAGAUCCCAAUGUUGUCUCUCAAAUCCGUGCUCUAAUGAAAAAUAAACUCAAAUACGCAUUUGACACCAUCUCUGCGGAAUCUGCCACACUUGCCGCAGAAACUUUAUCUGACGGAGGCAAAAUAGCCCAUAUUGCAGGAGCUCCUACACUAAAAAAUGAUAAGAUUGAAGAUUUUGCAGUCAAGUUGGGCUCAUUAUACAAUAACCCCGAAUUGUACAAAGCUACUAAAGAUUUAAAAGAAGAGUUUGAGCUACUGAUUCAUAAUGGUUUGAUCAAGAGUAAUGUUGUUCAGUUGGUUUCUGGAGGUUUGGAAACUGGUGUUGUAGAAGCUUUGAAGCUUAGUGAAAAAGGUGUUAGUGGUAAAAA